AUGUCGAUAGGGAAGGAAUGGAUUGAAUUGUAAUAUCUUCAUUUCGUGUGUGUGUAAAGACGUACACAAGUCUCCAGCUGUGUUAUUUGUAAACGGCAGUGCGCUUCACAUCAAAAGGGAAAAAGCGACCAAUGAGAGCUCUCCAGAGGACGGAAAGUCGGCACGCCGAGGCUCCUCCUCUUUGGUCGGCGACGCACUUUCCUAUUGGAGCGCACCCAUGUUUAAUAGCUCUCCCUCGACUUCAGUCUAUUCCCACCCGAAAAAAUAAAAAAAUAAAAUAGAAGAAGAAGAAAAGAUAAAAAAAAGGACAUGGGGCUCUGACAUGGAUAGGAAAGAGCCUCCCAAAGAUAUACGGGGAGGGUUGAGUGGGGUGGUGGUGGUGACAAGGGGGAGGUGACUCCUCGUGUGUGUGAUGGAGGGAGGAAUGAGCAAUGUGUAGGCUAGAGACUGCGCCGCACAAUUCAUGUCCAGUCUAGCGUGAACAGUGGUAGGCAACAUACCGAUCGGUCGGACGUCUCACGACUCGCAGUUGUUCGUUCAUCUCCAUCCGCGUAGCUCAUCAGCCCACCCAAUUUCUUUAUUGUGAUUUUUUUGUGUGUGGAAAUCAACUUUUAAAUUUUUCUCUCAGUUUUAACCACGAAAAAAAAAUCAGUUCGACUUGAUUUAAUUUUUUUUUCUGAAUGAAUUCGAAUGUCAGCGGGAAUUUCGACAAUUCCUCAUUUCAGUUUUUCUGUUUAGCGCCGCAAUCCGGCGGCUGUGACUUGUGAUUGUGCAUAGUGCAAACAACAACAGCAACAACAUUUGGGAUUGAACCAGUGUGCACCAACAACAAUCGAAUUAUUGAUUGAUUCGCGAAUUUAAUAAAUCAAACCAAACAGAACAGAUUAAAAUGCUUUCGCUUCACGAAGGUUUCCCCAUGUUCCCGACGGCCCACCAUCCGCACCAUCCGCAUCACACGGGCGUCGUCGGUGGCGUCAUGGGUCCCGGCGGAGGUCCGGUGGGUCACAGUACGACGCCUCCGCACCAUGCCCACCACCACCAUCAUCACGCCGCCGCCGCCAUUCACAGUCUGACGGCCAGGCACCACUCGCAGGGGCCGCCGCCACCUCCGCCGUCGUCCUCGUCGGUGGCCGGCCAGCUGAACCUUCACCACGCCGGACACCAUCAAGGGCCGCAUCACCCACACUCUCAUCUCAAUUCGGCCCACCAUCAAAUGGCGGCGGCCAAUCAGGCCUAUUUCGCCGGCUAUGCCCAUCCGCACCACUGGGGCAACGGCGGAGGCGCCCAGGGGGGACACCAGACGGCGCCUAACGCCGCCAUGGAACACCAGCAACAAUUCCAGGUCGGCGGAUUGGUCACGUCCGACGGUGGCAAUUCCUGGCACCCGUCACCGGCCGCUGUUUACACUGGCCUGUCCAGCAGCCUCUCGCCGCGCACUCCCGUCACCUCGGUGGGUUACGAGGAAUGGGUCAAUUCGCCGCCCAACAACAACGGCCAACAACAGCAACAACAGAGCGGCGGAGUCAGCAGUCCGGACGGCAGUCCCAACAACUUUGGCCAGCAACAGCAAGGCAAUGCGGCCAACAAUGGGCCCAGCAGUCCGUCGCUUUCCGAUCAGCAGCAACUCAGCAGUUACUCGGCGGCCGCUGCGGCCGCCGCGGCCUACGGCAAAAUGUUCAGUUCGAGCGGGCCGGGCGACUUUAUUUCCCCCCAUCACGCCCAUCUGCACCACCAACAUCACCACAACAACCACGGGCAGAUGGUCGUCGAUCCCAUCCGGAUGAACGCCGGAGGAGUCAUCACCGGACACCAUUCACCCGAUUCCGGCCUGGCUGGAAGUGACGGUCUCAGCAGCGCCGGCUCACCGGCCCAGCAGCAACAACAGGGAAUGCUGGGCGGCGGCUCAUCCGGCAACAACUUACUAAACCUGCAACAACAGCAGCAACAACAGCAAAACGCUUCGGGUUCACAGGGGGCCAUGACGGGCCCGUCGUCGGCCGGCUCGAUGAGCCAACAGAACCAACAGCAACUGGUCGGAUCCAACGGCGCCGGAAUGGUCAACGUCUCCCGGCCUCAACCGUCUCGUUCGCCCUACGAGUGGAUGAAGAAACCUUCGUUCCACAGCACCAACGUCAAUCCAGACUCGGAUGUGUUCUCAGCAGGGAAGACGAGGACCAAGGACAAGUACCGCGUCGUCUACACGGACCACCAGCGGCUCGAGUUGGAGAAGGAGUUCCAUUACAGCCGCUACAUCACCAUCCGGCGCAAAUCAGAGCUGGCCAGCGUCCUAGGCCUCUCCGAACGACAGGUCAAGAUAUGGUUCCAGAACCGACGGGCCAAGGAGCGCAAACAGGUGAAGAAGCGCGAAGAAAUGCUGCACAAGGAGAAACUGGACGUCGUUCCGUCCCUGGGAUCUGUCCAGCAACAGCAGCAGCAACAGCAGCAGCAACAUCACCUUCACUCCGGCCAGCAGCAGCAGCAGCACAUGCAACACAUGGGCGUCCAGCAACACCCCAGCUUGGUCAGCAAUCCUCAAAUUUCCUCGUCCAUGCACAUGGGAUCCGUCGUCCAGAUGGACACCAAGCCCGUCUUAGGGCUCGAUUGAAUUUCGUCCGCUUCUUUUUCGAAUUGAAGCGCGAAAUUCGAAUCGAGAGCUCACGCCGCCUUGUACAGACAAAACUUUGUGGCUGGAUCGAAAAACAAACAAAUAAGGGUUUGGCUUCUUUUAGAUUUCGGUUUGAAAUGUCCGAAUUAUAAAAGAGCGCCAAAAAUGAAAUCGUUUGAAAUUUUUUAAAAAAGAAAUUUUGAUUCGAUUCCGCCCUGUGCCCUGCCCUCAAUCUCUCGUAACAAGAGCAUUCCAGUGACGUCACGGAUCCCCCCCCCCUCUUUUUUGUGUCUGGAAGAACAAACAAUCAAAGCAAGUCGUCGUUGUAUCGAUAUUUUGAAGUGGUGUCUGUGGUGCUGACCCCGUUUCUUCCUCUCUCUCUCCAAUUCAUUGCAGCAUCAAAUAUCCACUUGUGCGUGUCUCUUUUGUAUGUUCGAUUGUACGUGUACAGUAUCCGUAUUAUAUAUAUAUCAUAGUGCCUCCUCUUUCUCUCCCUUAUUAUAUUAUUAUUCGUCUUUUAAAAUUCACGACAAAUGGUUUGGGGAUUUAAAUUUUUGUUGGUCCCCGGGAGAAUUUGAAAAAUAGCCGAAAAAAAAACAAAAAAAAAAGUUUGAACUUGAAAAUCAAAAAUUAAUGAACAAAAAAUGUUUGCGCGAAAAUGAGAACUUUUGUUUCGAAUUUUUAAAAAAUAAUUUGUACAGACUUUAAUUAAUAUCUAUACACACUAUCUUGCAAAACUCCGGAUGUAAUCGUAAAUAGUUCUUGUCAUAUCCCUUUUUCUCUCCCCCUUUUUUCCCCACCCACUUUCUCAAAUGUAUUUUGAUUUCUAAAAUUUUGUUUUCGACUCCCGAUUUUCGCCUUCUGUUGUCCGUGUUCUUUCAUUAUUAUUUUUUUUAAAACCGUGUUACAUAAUUAAGACUGAUUGGUGGCGCCUAUCUUCGAUUCGUUCUCCCUUAUCCCACCCACCACCAGCCCCCAAUCACAAUAAGAGACACAACAAAAAAUUUGUUUUUGAGUUUGUCUGAUUUUUGGCAUCUAAUGCUUUGUAUCAUAGCCUCUAUACUACCGUUUCGAAACAAGAAUAAUGCCGAAAAAGUGCAUAAAAGAAAAAUGAAUUUGAUGACUGCUGUGUGUGUGUGUGUGCUGCCCGAAUUGUCUUUUAUUUUGGGGGUUUUUCCCAUAAUUCGACAAAGAAAAAUAAUGUUCUCCCCUCCGCCGCCCUUGAACGAUCCGUUGAUUUUAUUAUAAUAGUAAGCCUCUAUAUUUGACUAUAUACCGCACACACGAAUACAAAACCGAAUAA